UUUUUUGCAACUAAAAGUAACAAAAAAGAUCUCAAUAAUAUUUUAAUAUUUUUAGUUUUACAUUCUACUGUCCCCCUCAAAUACAACUAUCUUAAAUGCCUAAGGACACUGGUCCUGGAGUUUUUGCUGCUGAAAAAAUAUUGAAAAAGAGAUAUAAAAAGGGGCGAGCUGAGUAUUUAAUAAAAUGGCAAGGUUAUUCAGCUAAGUAUAACACAUGGGAACCAGCUGCAAACAUACUUGAUGAAAGAUUACUUCAAUGUUAUAAAAGUUUACAAUCAGCUUCAAGAGGGAGAAAAAGAAAAAAAGGAUCAAUAAGCAAGUCAACAAAAAAAUCGAAACAUGAUGAGUCUUUUGAAGUGAAUGAUUCAACAGCAGAAGAUAGUGUAACGCAAGAUGAAGAUGAAAUUGUUUCAGUUGGAUCAGUAGAAGAUUCCAUUCAAUCAUCCAUUCAGGAUGAUUUGACCAAUGAACAAAAUGAGACAGCAACACUUAGUGACAGUUCUAAUAAGAAUGGAAAAAAACUUGGUAAAGAUUUAAAAUUGGGUAACGGAGAUAACGAUACGUCUGACACUAUGAUUCAUCAUAAUACACAAAAGAUGUCUUCUACUGUUCGUUUAACAGAAAAAACUUUUAGCAAAACUGAAACAGAAGAAGUAGAAUGCAUAUGUUGGAAAAAACCGCUGAUUGAUCAAGUCACAAUCACUGACGUCACACUAAAUGGAUUAACAGCAACUUUCACAGAAGCUUCAACAGACCAAGGUUUUUUUGCAUGAAAUAUUAUUACAAAGAAAUCUCAUAAGUAAUUCAGGGAUCAUGUUCAGCUAUUUAUUAUUAAUAUUUUGCUGUUUUGGAUGUCUAGUUGGCUUUAAAUACGCAUUUUAUAGUUGAGUUCCUUAUUUGUUAUUAAUUAUGAGUAAUCUACCAAUUCCAACGAAUAAUGAUAGAUAACCCAACGAUGUAAUAUUACGAUGUUGUGUAUAUAUUAUAGUAUCUAUUAGCGUGUGUAAUAUAUUUUCUGUAUUGUUUGCGUUAUGUGUAAUAUGAAAUAAACCAAGAUCAAAACAAAA